UCCGAGUUGUCCACAUCACUUAACUAGUUUCAGCGCGGCAUUGCAUCGAGUGCCUGAUUCCCACUUCCGCCCAAUUAAGCCCACGCGAUGAUGAUGUUGGAGCCGUUGGACGCGAUCAUCACCGUGGUGAUGAUCGGUUUGGCCGUCUAUCUGUAUUUGAGCAAGCUGUACUCGCACUGGGCAGACAGAGAUGUACCCUAUCUCAAGCCGGAUUUCAUCUAUGGCAACUCCAGAACCAUGGGUCGCACGGAGCAGUCCGCCGUUAUGUUGCAGCGAUUCUACAACGAGCUGAAGGGACUGAAUCCGUUCGGAGGAAUUUUCAUAUUCACGAAACCGGUGGCGCUGGUGACGGAUUUGGAGCUGCUGAAGUGUAUAUUUGUGAAGGAUUUCGAAAAUUUCCAUGACCGAGGAACCUAUUUCAACGAGAAAGAUGAUCCACUGUCAGCGAACAUGUUCAACCUGGCCGGCAGCAGGUGGAAAGAGCUGAGGCAUAAACUUUCGCCAACUUUUACGUCGGGUAAAAUGAAAAUGAUGUUCCCAACGAUUGUGGCCGCAGGGAAGCAGUUGAAUGAAUUUCUGGGGGAAUUGGUUGAGCAUGAACAGGAGAUUGAAAUGAAGGACUUGUUUGCGCGAUAUACGACGGACGUGAUUGGGACUUGUGCCUUCGGGAUCGAAUGUAACUCUCUGACAGAUCCCAACAAUUCCUUCCGCGAGAUGGGGCGGAAAAUCUUCUCGACCCCAACCGGGAGAGUUAAAAGAUUCAUGAUGGCUUCGGUGCCCAAGAUUGCCAAGAUGCUGGGAGUGAAGGCAUUCGAUCCGCAGGUUACGAAAUUCUUUGCUGGGGUCGUUCGGGAAACUAUUGACUAUCGGUUGAAGAAUAACGUUAAGAGGAACGACUUCAUGGAUUUGUUGAUGCAAAUGAGGAGCCCAGACGAACAAAAUAGUGGAGAGGGAUUGUUGUCAUUUAACGAGAUUGCCGCUCAAGCGUUUUUGUUCUUCUUGGCUGGUUUCGAAACGAGUUCAACGCUGUUGACGUGGACGUUAUACGAGCUUGCGUUGAAUCAGGCCGUUCAAGAAAUGGGACGAGAGCAUGUCGUGAGUGUUUUGGCUAACAAUAAUGGAGAGAUGACAUACGAAUCUGUAUUGAGCAUGAAGUAUUUGGAUCAGAUCUUGAAUGAGGCUCUCCGAAAGUACCCUCCUGUACCGAUUCAUUUUCGGGUGACAUCUAAAGACUACCAGGUUCCCAACUCCAAAUCAACCCUCGAAGCCGGAACUCGCAUCUUCAUACCGGUGUACGGAAUCCAUCACGAUCCGAAUGUGUUCCCCGAUCCGGAGAGGUUUGACCCCGAACGGUACACCCCCGAGCAGGAAGCGAAGCGACAUCCUUACGCGUGGACACCGUUUGGCGAGGGACCGAGGAUUUGCGUAGGACUUCGUUUCGGGAUAAUGCAAGCUCGCAUCGGUCUCGCUUAUAUGUUGAAAAACUUCAGAUUUUCAAUUGGGGACAAAUGCGAGGUACCUUUGCAGUUUGAUGUUAAAAGUUUCAUACUCGCUCCCAAAGGUGGAUUGUGGUUGAGAGUAGAUAAAAUUUAAAGUUGCACUGCCUCUGUGUUGGACUUAGGGUAGACAUA